AGGGCCAAGCGGGUGCGGAAGCAGAAGGAAGGCCCCAGGCGGACUGGCGCGGCGGAGGCCCACUUCGUGGCCGCGGGGAACGCGGCGGCGACCCUCGACAUCCGGAGACAGCCGGCCUGCAGGGUCGGGAGAAGAUGAAUUGACAUUUCUGCACUGGCACAAUAAUGUUUAUAGCUGCAUAUUCUUCCCUGGAUGACUUCUUGUCUUAAUGUCAUUGAAAGUGGGAUUUAAGAAAAACUGUGAGGAAAACAUCACUCAUUGGAGUGAGCAGAAAAAGCUGUAGAUGGAGUCUGAAGAUGAACAGGAGGCUGCGACCACCUGGAUAGCACAAGAAUCUGUUGGGAACAUAGACUCCACUAAUGUCAAACAAGAUGCCAAACAAGAAAUGGCAGCUAGUUCAUGGGUGCGGAGGAUAGGGAGGCGCUGUAAAGACUGGUUCUUGCAGUCAAAAUUCUGUUGGCUAUUCCUACUUGGAUUUGUGCUGGCGGUCAUCAUCAUUGCAGUUGUUGUAAUAUCAUCUUACCACGGAAAAUUUCCAUCUGAAGAGUGCCCCAGUGAAUGGAUAGGUUACAGAAAGAAAUGCUAUUUCAUCUCAGAGGAGGAAAAAGACUGGACAUCUAGUCAGACCUUCUGUGCUAAGAAUGAAUCCUUGCUAGCCAUUUUUGAAAACCAGGAAGAAAUGCAUUCUUUAGCUAAGCGUUUGAAAAUAGAUGACUCCUGGAUUGGAUUGCGCAAGAAAGGUGAAAGCUUCUACUGGGAGAAUGGUGUUGCCUUGAAGGUGGACUUGUUCCAGAUACGGAAUCACUCCGAGUGUGCCUACUUGGAUGCCUUCACUAUUUCUACAUCAGCAUGCUCUUUGCCCCGGCGCUGGAUCUGUAUCCAGCUUCCCUAAAGGGAUGACUUACAUCUUCAUUUGAUAUUGACAGUUAAGACAUAUCCAUUAUAAGGUCAUUUUGGAUAGAUAGCAGGCCUCCUGUGGCCAUGCUGUCUCUGACCAUCUGGAAGUCUAAGUCAGAGAGAAGAGGUUUUUUCUCUGCUUCCAAAAUGUGCUUCUACGUCUUCUGUCCUAGGAGAGAAGAAUAAUGUGCUUAGUCCAGUUUACAGAUCACAUACAAUGGGGUCUGUCGGUGCUGGCUGACGAAGCUGAAGAUUCAGUGAGAUCGCUGCUAGUCUUCUGGUAAAGAAGGAUCUCUUUCGUGUUGGCCCUCCUCUCAGCAGGUGUCUUCAAGGAUACAUAGCAGCCAGAGACACCAGCCAGCCAGCACACCUACAGAAACAGUUAAAUCAGGGCUCUUCGGUUUGUCCAAAAAUGACUUGUGCUCUUUGCUGAACUUUGUACUUACUAUUUGCCAGUCUUUGUAUAGACUGUAUCUACCAGUCUUCUGACCUCACCUUAAGCCCCCAUUUGUCCCUCUUACCUCCUUGUUUUUCUACCCUGACGUACUUCACUUACUACAUCACUUACUGUGAUGUUUUUGUCCGUUAAACUUGUGUUAAAUAAGUAAAUGUAUGCAGUUUGCACCCUGGCCAGCCUGGAGCCAUCACUGUCAUCAACACUUCCUAUGGCUGGAGUAACAGGAAGUUGAGUACUUAUCAAAGGAAUGGGCUCCUGCCAACUCACAGUCUUGCCUACUCCGUCUGUUUUUUGUGGGGGCUUUCAUGUUAAUGUUUACCAAGUUUGUUCAUGCUAAGAUUUGAGCUUGUUCAAAUAGCAAUAGGCAGCCCUUAUCCCAACACAGCAUUAUUAUUCACAGGCAAUUGCAUUAACUGCACAUCAAGUGCACAGUAGUCUGAGGAAAAGGGCAUGUUCAGGUGGUUUUUGAGCCCCCUGGAAGCAGUGUUUUGUCUGUGCAAAAAAACUCCUGCCGCUGGAAAGAGAGCGUGGCAUUCACUGAUUACAAAGUGCAGUGCAGUGUUCUGAGCAGACAGCUGUGGCAGACUGGGACACGAAAGCUGCUACCGUUUGCUGGUGCCCCUCUGCUGAAGUUUCCCAGGCAUUGUCAGCACAACCCCUCAGCUGCUCCAUUUCUGGGGUGAGUGUGGGGCAUCUACAUUAGCUUCUCACAGUUGUGCUGUGUGGCAGAAAUCUUCAGCAGAUAGCUGGGGGCAGUAACCUGCCUCAGUGAGAUCUGCUGGAAUUUCUGUUGGAGCCUUCAGUUGGCUGGUUACUGAAGGGACAUCAGCAGAGGAUUCUGCAUUUCUCUACCACUUGUAUCUUUAGCUGCUAAUGAUGAUAGAGUCAUAGAAUCAUAGAAUCAUUUAGGUUGGAAAAGACCCUUAAGAUCAUCAGGUCCAACUGUAAAUGCUGUAGCAACCUGGUAAGAAGUUCCUGUAAAAUGUCCACUAUAUAUGUGGUGCUAAAGGUGACAGGCUGUGUCACUGAAUUACUUUUUGUGACCCUGUGUGUAGGGACACUAGUCCUGAAUCAGGUCCCACUGAUGCCAGCUUCACACCCAGGUGCUUCCACAGCCAACUCACUAAGGUUAUGCCUGUUUUACACUGGUACAGAUGAAAUCAGAACUCAUACUUUUCAUUUUAACUGUUGUGCAAGAUGUUAUGAGUUGUAUAAAUAAUUUAUUUUGAUACAAACAGAAUACUAAGAGGGAAGUAAUGAGUCUCAAGGACUUGCAAUUUGGAAAGCUGUCUUACUGAGUUCCUGGGAAGGGGCUGUUUGAGAGAGGAGCAGGAAGAGGUCUAAGACAGUUUGGGGCUUACAGUAAUUUGGACGUUCCCUUUGGGAUUCUGAGACAACCAAGAACUGUCUUGAAUAAAUUGCACUUACAUAAAACUACAGAUUUUGUUUUGUGUUUGUCUAGGCUGAACUAAACUAUAUUCUGUUUAUCAAAGGCCUUCCCCAUGUUGGCAGUUUUCAGGGAUAGGCUAAUUUUUAUUAAAAGAAAGGUUUGACUUGAGAUCAGCAGCUUUCGGGCAGCACAAGCAACUGGUAUGCCAGUGAGUGAUAUUUGCACACAGACACUCCUUCAGCUUGUUCUUCUGAAAUUAGUGUUCAGUAUGUUGAGGGAUAUUAGUUGUUUAAUAUAAAUAAGUAGGGUUUAAUUGGAAUAAAUUAUUUAGGAUUAUAGUAGGGUGUGAUUUGUGCUGUUUGCUUAGAUUUACUUAGCAUGAGUAACUAGAUUUGCUGAAGCCCUUGGGCCGUGACAGAGGUAUUUUUCUCAGUAAUUUUCCUAGUAGUUUUCCUAACAGCUAGUACAGUGCUGUGUUUAGUCUUUUAGUAUGGGAAAGUAUUUUGAUAUCAUGCUAAUGUCUCAGUAGUGUUUUUCCAAGUCUGGGACUCUUCAGUUCUCCAUGUUCCACCAGCAAGUGCAGGUGUACAAGGAGCAUAAACCAGAAGAUAAGGAGGCUCCAGCCUUCAGGGAAAACUGCAGAAACGGCAAGUCAACAAGAUAAGAGCCUGUGUGCCUGGACACAGAAGAAGAAUCCAAUUAGAUGUUAGAAGACCUCAGACCAAAAACCACCAUUAGACUAAAGGACACAUGGACAGUGCGUGAGGGGUGGGUGUAUGGGACCCCAGGGUAUAAUUGCCCCGGGAUUUCUUUGUUGUGGGUCCCUCUCUUUGGAGGUACCCAGCCUGGAAUGGUCCUGCUGCUGCACCUUUCAAUUAAAUUAAGUGUUUUAUAA